ACUCACUCUUUCAUUUCGACAUAUACAAGUUUAUGUUGAGUCCUAUAAACGAAAAGAUGAAAGUAUUUUCCUAUGUGGGAAAGAUGUUGGAACAACUUUGUAGUCCAUCUCUUUGUCGCUCUACUUGGUUUCAUCUUGGUGGAAACAAACUUCCAAUAAAUUUGUUCUAUUUUCUAUUUAUUUCGUCCAUAGGGUUUUUUAUCCUCCAGUCAAUGGAUGGAAAAACCACCACCUUCACCCCUCGGAACUUAGACUUAUUCUUCACCUCUGUCUCAGCAGCCACUGUUUCCAGCAUGUCCACUGUCGAGAUGGAGGUUUUUUCGAACACCCAACUUGUCGUUCUAACAAUUCUUAUGGUUAUCGGUGGUGAGGUGUUCAUUUCAAUGGUUACUCUCCAUCUCCGUCGGGCUUUUUUAAAAGAGUCUAGUAACGAUGGUUGUAAAGUAGAUCCCCCUAUGUGCUACCUCAACACACAAUCCAUUUGUCUGGAUAAUAUAGAGCUCCAUAAAAUAGCCAUCCGUGAAUCUGGAAGUUCAAAAUCUGACACUUUUGACUGUGAAAUUGUCUCUACAAAUGAUGUCGAUAUGGAGGAACUAAAGUACAAAUCCUUCAAGUUUUUGUGUCUCGUAGUAUUCUUUUACUUGGUAUUUGUCCAAAUCUUGGGUGUGGUCUCAGUUUUCAUAUACGUAAAUGUCAUCUCAAGUGCCAAAAAUAUACUUAAGCAAAAGGAUUUAAGGCCACUCACUUUUUCCAUCUUCACUGUAACUUCAACCUUUGCAAACUGUGGGUUUGUUCCAACCAACGAAAACAUGAUGCCCUUCAGCAAAAAUUCUGCUCUAUUGUUAAUCCUUAUCCCUCAAGCUCUAUUAGGUAACACUUUGUACCCUCCAGUUCUGAGAUUUACGAUUUGGGUCAUAUGGAUAUUUAGCAAAAAAUCUGAAGCUAGGUACUUGUUAAAGAACUCCAAAGUACUUGGGUAUAAUCAUCUUCUUUCUUACCAAGACUCGUUACUUCUUGCGACUACAGUCUUAGCUUUUAUCAUGUUGCAAUUUAUUUUGUUUUCAUCAAUGGAAUGGAGUUCAGGCUCUUUGAGAGACCUUGAUCUCUACCAAAAACUUGUUGGGAUUUUGUUUGAGACUGUAAAUACAAGGCAUACUGGAGAAUCGAUUGUCGACCUGUCCACCAUCAAUGCUUCCAUAUUGGUAUUGUUCAUCGUGAUGAUGUAUCUUCCACCGUACACAUCAUUUUCAUUAGUGACGGAAGAGAAUUUCGAACAAAGGAGCAAAAGAAGUAGUACAUUUAUGGAGAAAUUAAUCUUCUCACAACUCACUUAUUUAGUAAUCUUUGUCAUGCUUGUUUGCAUAACUGAGAGGAAACAAAUGAUUCAAGAUCCUCUUAACUUCAAUGUCUUAAACAUUGUUGUUGAAGUCAUAAGUGCGUACGGAAAUGUGGGAUUCUCUACUGGCUAUAGUUGUGAUCGUAGACUGAAACUAGAUGGAGAUUGUGAAAACAAGUGGUACGGGUUCUCGGGAAAAUGGAGUGAUGGGGGCAAACUAAUUUUGAUUGUAGUUAUGAUUUUUGGUAGGCUAAAGAAAUUUAAUAUGAAUGGAGGCAAAGCAUGGAAGCUUUUAUGAUGGUCAGUUGUGACUUCAUGCCUUCCUGAUGGAUGGUGAGCUUGAUAUGAAUAAAUUUUGUAUGCAACGUGUGUAAUGAUGGUUGUAUUGCUUGAAACUUUAAGGAACUAAAUAAUAAGGUGAAAUUAAUCA